CGGCACUGCUGUGGUGUCACACAGGGCCGUGUGAGAGGGGUUAUAUCUCCUCCCCGAUCCUCCUCCUCUCAGCACUCACUGCGAUUCUUGACGAUAUGGCGGCUUCACACUGGGUAGAUCACUCUAAGUCUGAUGUGUGAUUCAGUCCUAGGCCCUGUCCGCCGGCAUGGUAGACAUGCAGAGGCAGUGUGGCCCGCCCUCUCCGCUGGAGGACUCUGUGCUGGGCAGCCCGCUGUGUGGGGACUUCAUCGGGGGGAUGGAUGAGCUGCAGCACAUCUCCCAGUCCAUCGAUGAUGACGCCCUCAGCUCCUUCCAUGUUCCUGAGUACCAGUCAUCUGGCACCGGCUCCGGGUCCGAGAGCUCCACUGUUUUUGAUGUGCUCACUCCAGCCUCGAGCCCGUCCUCAGGGAUAUUUGGAGCAGCAGUGGGGCAGGAGGAGUUUGGCUCCACCUCCCUCAGCCUGGAGUGCCGGGUGUGUGCGGACCGCGCGUCAGGGUACCACUACGGCGUGCACGCCUGCGAGGGCUGCAAGGGAUUCUUCAGGAGGACCAUCCGGCUCAAGCUGGAAUAUGACCGGUGCGAGCGCAGCUGCAAGAUCCAGAAGAAGAACCGCAACAAGUGCCAGUACUGCCGCUUCCAGAAGUGCCUGUCCGUGGGCAUGUCCCACAACGCCAUCCGCUUCGGGAGGAUGCCUCAGUCCGAGAAGCUGAAGCUGAAGGCCGAGAUCCUGACAGGGGAGCGGGAGGAGGAGAACCCCCACCUGGCCGACCAGAAGACUCUGGCCAAGCAGAUCUACGAGGCCUACCUGAAGAACUUCAACAUGAACAAGGCCAAAGCCCGGGUCAUUCUGACUGGCAAGACCAGCACACCGCCCUUUGUCAUCCAUGACAUGGACACGCUGCAGCUGGCGGAGCGGACGCUGGUGGCCAAGCUGUUUGGGAACUCGGACACCCUGCAGGACAAGGAGGCGGAGGUGCGCAUCUUCCACUGCUGCCAGUGCACCUCCGUGGAGACCGUCACCGAGCUCACAGAGUUCGCCAAGUCCGUCCCGGGUUUCUCCGGCCUGGACCUCAACGACCAAGUGACUCUGCUCAAGUACGGCGUGUACGAGGCCCUGUUCGCCAUGCUGGCCUCCUGCAUGAACAAGGACGGGCUGCUGGUCGCCUACGGCAACGGCUUCAUCACCCGCGAGUUCCUCAAGAGCCUGCGCCGGCCCUUCAGCGACAUGAUGGAGCCCAAGUUCCAGUUCGCCAUGAAGUUCAACGCCCUGGAGCUGGACGACAGCGACCUGGCGCUCUUCGUGGCCACCAUCAUCUGCUGCGGAGACCGCCCGGGCCUGGUGAACGUGCUGCACAUCGAGCGCAUGCAGGAGAGCAUCGUGCAGGUGCUGCGGCUCCACCUGCAGGCCAACCACCCAGACGACGCCUUCCUCUUCCCCAAGCUGCUGCAGAAGCUGGCCGACCUGCGGCAGCUGGUGACAGAGCACGCGCAGCUGGUGCAGGAGAUAAAGAAGACGGAGGACACCUCCCUGCACCCGCUCCUGCAGGAGAUCUACAGGGACAUGUACUGAGGCCUCACUCCUAUGGACCUGAUCCAGAGGCUGUGUGUUAAUGUACUGCUGCAGGAACAACAGCCCAACGGCCUGUGAGGACAGGGAGCAGACACAGAAACAUAUGCCAUUCAACAGCGGGGGUCUCCACACUCUUGCAUGCUGGGAGUGUGAGGAUGAGGGUGUGGCUUGCUGGGAGCAUGAUGUAUCUGCUCCUCGCCAUGUGGGCCACACAGAGAGAUCUGUGUGCCAGCUUCCGCUCACCAGCCCCCAAAAGAACAGCCCACAGUCUUUUCCUCUCAGCUCCCAGAGGAGCAGGCAGCGCUGAUCUGGAGUCAGUUGUAAGGGCUAACACAGCACAGGUGAAUGAGUGAAUCUCAGCACAGGUGAAUGAGUGAAUCUCCAGCCCAUGAUGACACACCAUCUCUACUGCUCCCACCUACAUGCAGGAAAGUGUAGGGAAAGAGCUACAGUUUAUGCUAGUUUUGCAGGAUUGUAUGCAAUAUAUAUCAUUGUUUUCAUUUAGAUUUCAUUUAGAAUGUUGUUAAACAUAAGGAAAGUGUAUUAAAACACAAAAAGUGAACGUUACCUUUCACAGACAUAUGGAGCCAUCUCUCCUGAUUGAGAACAAGGGCAGGGCUGUGGGGUUUCUGAAAGACAGCAGGCCCUGAUCUCAGUGCAGUGCAGUACUGGGGAGCUGAGGAGAGGCAGCUUCCUACAGCACUCUUCAUCAAUCAUGGUCCCAGUGAAGCUGGCAGCUCUGGCCUGUGUGCUGAAAGGGCUUCACUGUCUCAUCAGCUGUGUUUUCACAUGCAUGCUGGAUCUGACAGAUAGCAGAGCAUAAAGUGAAGCUUAUUUUCAUUGCAGCCAGUCAUUUGCAGUCACACCGACAGCAUGGGCUCAGAAUUUAGUUUUGGGGCAUCUGACACAGUGGCAUGUCUAAAAACAUGUCCCAUCACCCAUUUUUUUACCAGAGGGGCCAUAGAAAUGCUUGUGCUGCCAUCUGGUGUUUCCAUUUACCUUGCAAAUGUUAUUGUGUUACAAGGCAUUACCCAAUGCCAGAUAAGACCCUACCCUGCAACCUUGAGAAGGAAAUGUUGUUUUUCCUUCUCCGUUCAGUUUGUGCCCCACGCCAUGAUGAGGAUUAUGGGUGUUGAUGCAUGACCGCAGUGUGAGAGAAUGACUGUUAGAAUACCUCAGGAAUAACACACAGGUUUGCCGCUGAGGUGUGUUGAAGGCCUACUGCAAACCAGGCUAACGUUGCCGUUUGAUUCGUCUGUCCUCUCUCUCUCUCUCAGCCUCAGUGCCUUGUGUCUUUGUAGAGAGGACCACUUUUCACCCCCCUCAGACGCCUGUGUGGAUUUGGGGGGUUUGUGUGGGCUCAGGUGAUCAGGGGAAUGCAUUUACAAACAGGCUCCUCUUAUCUGCUUGCUGUGAAGCCGACUGGUUUGUAUCGCCCACUCACAGUAUGCAGAAAUGUGUGUAUAUCUCACCCUCCUGUGAAGGCUAAAUGCCAAAUUGCCUCUCUUACCCCUUCACACCUUCACACAAGUGUUCCUCAGUGCUGUUGAAAGGGUUAAAAGAAUACAUUUAUGUGUCCAUGUUUGUCAGGUCUCUGAAAAUUUGAAAGCUAGUCCUGUUAGGGACUGACGAUCAGAUGAUUAUUUUUCUUUCCUCAAACUAUUCCCUGAACUGCAAGUUCUUCUGUCCAUAUUGUUUGAAAAUAAGUCCCUGGGUCAGAACAAAAGAUUUUAUACUGUAGUGUCCCCCUUCUUAUAAGAAGUGUUGAAGGUACCACUGAUAAUUUGGUCUGUCAUUAUCCUUUUCUUUCUGUUCAAUUGAUUUGGGUGGCACGGACCCCGGCAUCGCUGUGAUUCUGUUGUGUUUGUGUGUUGUGAUUCUGUUUUUUUUUAAUACUGAAUGGAAAGUAUAUGAAACAAACAAAAGUAAGGAGGUGUGUAAAAUAUAAACUGUGAAAGUGCAAGGGAAACAGAGUCAGAUUAGUGUCCUUUUUACAGUGUGGGUGUGGCUGUGGAGUUCAGUCCCUCCCUCCGUCUAUGCCCCUUUCUGCUCAUUGGUUCUCAGCCACCCGCUACCUGCUGCACUUUGUUUUGGUCCUUUCACAGCGGUGGUGCCCCUGACUGUUGAUGCCACCACAUCAAAGGCAGAUGAACUUUGGACACUUGGGAAGAGCCGGGAGGCUGAGUGCAGCUGCGCACAGAGCGUGCGCAGAGCUGGAGCUCACGCUUCCCGCUUUCUUCACCAACGAAAUAAGAAUCUUCCCACCCCACCUGCCAGUCAAAUGUGCCUGCCAGCAGCCGACCUCUCGGUCACGUUUGCUUUGUUUCCCGGCUUCGGCCACUGUGCUGUCUCAGGUUGCAGCUCUGCCCUGAAGCACUGCCCAGGUGCCUGGAUUUCAGGGACAUCCUGCAUUCUGCCACAAACAUCCCCAGAAUGCAUCAGUGUAGCUUUUGUACAUUUGUAUUGUGAACCUCUUCUUUAUGUACAAUGCCCUGGUGAAAUCAACUUUGUGCCUUUAGGGACGGACCAUAAGCAUGGACCACGUGUGUGUCGCUCUUCCCAGCUUGCACAGGGUAGAGGGCAGCAGAUGGAAGACUUGGUAUUGACAUUGCAAUACAGUGUCUUUCAUUCUGUUUUUGUUCUGGAAAUUAUCAUCAAUUAUAGUAGAAUAUGAAAUGUAUUAUUAACAGGUAAGGUUACCAAAAGCACUUUUUCUCAGUGGAGGGUAAACUCCAUGUCAUAUUUGCAAUGUGAACUGUAACUGUGCAAGGGUGAUCCAUCAAACCAACUGUUGCAUUUGCAAGAAACUUCCUUUCUCAAAUUAGAUGUGUCAUUUUGUGUUAACUGACAAGGGAUGUUAAGCUGUAUCAGGGAAUAUUGGGUCUUCCUCAAUGUCUAAUGGUGCUCAGGACUCCAUAGGGUGACCUCUGCCUUUCCUUGUUUCAUCGUCACUUGAUUUGAUAGCAGCCUGCCCCUACAUCGCUCCAAUAAUAUUUAAUCAAUGCCUGUACUUUAGGCAAGUCAAAAAUCCAUUUUAAUUCCUUAUAUAACAAAGGUGAGUUCUGGGGGCAGCAGAGGCCUGUUUUGUCCUCAGUUUUGGUGAGUAAUGCAGUGGUUUUCUAGCUAGUGUGAGGUGAAAGCACUGAAUGACCCAGUCCAGCUAAGUUGGUGUU